CGGUGAUCUCGAUGUCGACGACACAGGCCAUUCUAGUCCACGUGCAGACGUACUGUAUGAGGUAAAUUCUCUUGGAACCCUACUUUAUGAGUAUUUGCGCUUCUGACGUUCGGAGGAAUCUUGGAAGAUGCGGUUAUUCUGUUGCAAAAACCAAGCCGGCCGUAACGUCGAGCAGCCGAAUCAGCAGAAUAUCAUAGGAGUUGGGCAAUUCACCGUCGUCCAUAGACUCAACAACAGCAUUGUUCGAAAGGCCCCAGUAGAUAAGUCAGACAUCUACAACACCCGCGCGGUCGAGAUCGAAGCUCAAGUCUAUCGCCACCUCGGACGACACAAACGCAUCGCGCGAUGUCUACAAUGCAGCGAGAAUUAUAUUGAUCUACGAUACGAGGCAAAAGGCGACCUAGAGUCAUAUCUGAGCCAUCAUUGUGUGAGUGAUCGCGUCAAAUAUCGGAUGGCUCGGCAGGCUGUUGAAGCAGUCAUCUUCAUUCAUGGGAAAGGCGUCCUUCACUCCGACCUUUCCGCUCGACAGUUCCUCGUUGAUAAACGGUACAACGCUAGGUUAUCCGACUUUGGCGGAUCAUCAUUGCAGGGCUCGGAUGCUAUUAUCAUGGAGAACGCGACACAUUUUCUGCCUAGGGAUGAAGAUGCGCCCAACACCGUGCAAAGUGAUAUAUUUGCCCUCGGGUCGACUCUUUACGAGAUACUGGUCGGUCGCAAACCUUACGAGGGAUUGGAAGACGACAAGAUCCAACAAUUGUAUUUGAACAAAACGUUUCCUUCACUAGACGAGAUAAGAUCUGUGUCAUGGCGGACCAUCAUCCUCAAAUGCUGGAUGAGCGAGUAUAAAGUCGCUUCAGAUAUUCUGAAAGAUGUCACAAUCCCCCCUCUGAUCUCGCACAUCUUCUCCUGGCGCAACUCUCGCACUAUACGCCCAAAUUGAAGAAUUCAACUCUCAUUCUUGAGAAAGCUUUCCAAUGAUGAUGGUACCAGUGAAGGCGGGUUAUACAAAACGGGGCAUAUUUAUGGGUUCCCUGGGAAUGCGAUUUGAUUAGAGUAGUUUGGACCAAAAUGGCGAAGAAAGUCAGACGUACCUGUGCUUAGGGCAUUUCCCUUUGACUCUAUUAGACCCACUGUGCCGCACUUCAUACUUGGGACAAGCAUUCCUGGGACCGGUGGCUGGCUUUUCAGGGCAAUCCGGACCAGGGAUCAACUCGGCCUUGUUACAGUCUGAGUUUCUGCAGCCCUGGCUAUGUAUCGUGAUAGCUUGGUAAUCCACACACAUCUC